UUUAUUUUAAGGUUUAUUUUAUAAAAUGGUGGAUUCAGGGAUUAGAAUAUGUUGACAAACAAUGGCUACAAAACACAAUUUAACUGCUCCAGAAUUCAAUCAAAAAUCGUUAGUUGAGGAAUGGCUGGCAACAUAUUUCAAAAGUGACUUCCUGAAAGUCCUGAAAAAGCACUGGAGAGAGUUUGUACUGGUUGUCUUCCAGUCGUAUGAUGAUCCAGCGCACGAGGAACGUCUGGCAAACAAGUUCCUCCUCCAUCCCCUGGAGUACUUCCUGUGCAAUGGAGACCCUGAGGUGGUGUUCCGUCAACUGAAGGAAGUGGACCAGCCCUCACAGUUGUGUGGUCAUGUCUUCAAGACAGGAGAACCUACUUACUCAUGCAGGGAAUGUGCCACGGACCCUACAUGUGUCCUAUGUAUGGAUUGCUUCCAGGCCUCUGUGCACAAGAAACACAGAUACAGGAUGAGCACAUCUGGAGGUGGGGGUUACUGUGACUGUGGCGAUCCUGAGGCCUGGAAGUCAGAGGUCUUCUGUGAGAAUCACAAACCCAAGACUGGCACCAACAAUGUCCAGAACUCAAUAGAGAAAUUGCCCAACGACCUGGUGAACCGCUCCUCUGCAGUGCUGUUGGCGUGCCUGGGAUAUGCGGUGCAGAUGCUCACCUGGGACCAGUGUGACACCUUACCUGACAACCUGCAACCAGAGGGCGAGCUCUCUGACACCUACUUGUGCAUGCUUUUCAAUGAUGAGGUGCACACAUAUGAACAGGUGAUCAGCACACUUCAGAAGGCUGUGGACUGUACACAUAAGGCAGCGGUGGACUAUGCAACCACGGUGGAUAGAGAGGGAAGAAGUGCAGUGAAAUGUGGCACAUAUGCUGAAUGCGAAAGAGUGAGAGGUCAAGUGGAGAGGAACACAUCCCGUCAUGGUAGCAAGGCCCUCAAGGUGCAGGUGAUGCACAGCGCAGUGGUGGCCCAUCAGCAGUUUGCACUGAGGCUGAUACAGUGGUUGCAGAACAUCAUUGGACAGUCAGAUGGUCUCCGUCAGCUGUUCUGCAUGCUGAGCAUGCAGCAUGAGACCAAUGCGCAGUCUCUGAUGGAGAUGCUGCUGCUGGCUGACACACAGCUGUGGAAGAUUGCGAGAGUGCAAAGUCAUCAGCUGAUGAUGGCUGGGGUUUUAAUGGAUCAGGAAUGUAAAAAAAGAUUUUCUAUAAUCUUCACCAAGAACUAUAGUUCUCUUACGAGGGACUUUAUACAGGAUGAUCAUUAUAGAACGUUCUCGGUCACCAAUAUUACUGUACAAAUUUUCACUGUUCCUUCACUGGCCCGCCUGUUGGUGUCGGAACACAACCUUCUGUCUGUGAUCUUAAAAACCUUCCUAGAAACCUGUGAGGAGAAAAAGAAAGAUGGAAAGCUGUCAUUUGAACGAACUAGCAGUCCAACCUUUAAACGUGCAUGUUUCUCAUUACAUGAUCUUAAGUAUGCCCUCAUAUGCAAGCCCAGCCCGGGGGAGUGGACAGAUCAGCUGAGGAGAAGCUUUCUAGAGGGAUACACAUACUUCCUAGAACUACUUAAACUCAUGGAGGGUAUGGAUGCGGUGAAGCGUCAGACCGGUCAGCACCUGGAGUUUGAGCCUGAGUGGGAGGGAGCCUUCAACCUGCAGCUCAAACUGGAGGACAACAUAGUGCUCUUCCUUGACUGGUGUGCCAGCGAUAGAGAAGUGCUCAUACAAUCUUACAACAAAACUGUUGAAGCUUUCAAUGCCUGUAAAAAUCUAGAUGCAAUAAAGAAAGAAUCAUGCACUGUGGCUGGCCGCCAGGCAGAGUGUUUGAAGUAUGAUGUAGAGACUCAGCCUAUCUCCAUACAUCUACCAGUCACACGCGUUCUUGCUGGUCUUCACACAUACUUGGGUGACCAUUUCUUGAGUUUUGAAUCCACAGAUUGUCAUUUAAUGCGCCCAGUUGCGGCAGAUUUGCUGGAGUUUCCAUUGCGUGUUCAAGUAAUGGUGGCCCAAUCCAAUGCAAACAUGUGGAGGAGAAAUGGAUAUGCUUUGAUUAACCAGAUUUUCUUCUAUCAUAAUGUGAAGUGCCGAACAGAAAUGUACGACAGAGAUGUUGUUAUGCUUCAGAUUGCCGCAUCCAUGAUGGACAACAAUGAAUAUCUCCUUCAACUGAUCCACAAAUACAAACUUGCUAAUUGGACGAAAGAAGACUUUGACCGCCAGACAGGUCAGGAGGACUCCUUGAGACAGACUGUGCUCCUGGCAGAGGAGUUCCUCAGCCUUCUCAUUGUCAUACUGGGUGAGCGUUUUAUUGCGGGUGUAGGGGAGGUAAGCAAGGAGGACAUUGUGAGAAGGGAGGUAAUCCACCAGCUCUGCAUCUCCCCCCUUGCCCACAGCGAGCUAGCUAAGGCACUGCCUGAAGAUACCAAUCAUGAGACAGGUCUGGAGAAUGUAGUAAAGGAUGUGGCCACAUUCAAGAAGUUGAGUCCUGCCACAGGGAAGGGCCGCUAUGAGUUGAAGCCAGAGUUCUACGCCUACUAUAACCCGUACUUCUACCAUUAUACCAAGGGAGAUAAAUCUAAGUCGGAAGAGAUGCAGGUGAAGAGAAGGAAAGAAAACAACCAGCUACAGGCCUUGCCCCCGCCGGUUCCCCCCAAGUUUCGACCGAUGUUUCUCCCCGUGAUGGGCCUCCUUCAGUGUGAUAUCAUGAUCUACGUGAUAGAGCUCGUGCUUGCUAGGGCGGCAGAGGUCAGGUCAAGGUCGCUGUCAGAGACUCAACUUGAACGGGUGCUGCAUUUGAUUGGAAUGGGGCUUCAUGAACAAAAGCGUGCAAUAGAAGAAGGCAACAGACAGUUUGACUUCCUCACUAGAAUAUGCACACCCUCCAGCUUACACAGCAAAGCAAAGAAAGAGCCAGGUCGCAGCAUCCAGACACUCUUGGAGAAGAUCAUGAGCAGUAAUAACAUCACCCAUGACAGCAUCAGAGAUCUAGUCAUAUGGACAGUAAAGACCAUAACAGAAGUACGCCAAAUGAAGAAUGAGCCUGUUGCUAUGGAGAAGGAGAACGCGAUGGUCGCACCAAGGGAUGUCAAAGCUGAGGCUGCGAGGAGAAAGAAGCAGGUGGCUGCGGAAAAACGCCGUAUGAAAAUCAUGGCCCAGAUGUCUGCCAUGCAGAAAAACUUCAUAAAAGAAAACUCAGAGCUGUUUGAGAACACCAGCACUGAACUGUUCCCUAGGAUUGGGUCUGAUAUGGAUAUCAGUGAUGCAGGUAGUAGCAGUUUCCCUGUGGCUGUGGGCUGCAAGCAGACCCGGCCCAGCCUGUCCCCUCCCCAGCUAGCUACAUGUAUCCUGUGCCAGGAGGAACAGGAGAUAACGCUCACAUCCAAGGCCAUUGUGCUGACAGCAUUCGUACAGAAAUCAACAGUUCUCUCCCUUCACCACGGCAAUGCCCUUCUAAACGGUGAUCUUUUUGACCCGCUGUUCAUGCGGUCAGACCUGCCCACAGGCACCCACACCAGCUCCUGUGGUCACAUGAUGCAUGCUGGCUGCUGGCAGAGUUUCUUUGACAACAUCUUGGCCCGUGAGCGGCGGCGGCCCCUUAGAUUUCGUCACAACUACAGUCAUGAUAUAGAGAAGAUGGAGUUCCUGUGUCCACUUUGUGAGUGCAUCUGUAACACUGUGAUACCAGUCCUGCCGUCAGUCUCCACUCUAGGACAGGAGAGCUCGGUGGAUAAGCUUCAGCUGAGCUUUGCUGACUGGCUGGAUGGAAUACACAAAACUGUCCUGAACAGUAUACGAGAGCCGGGUAGCGUUGACUCCAGAUCCAGACUCACAGUGUAUGAGGUCUGCCCGCUGGUGACCAUCACACGACAGAUGGCAGGUAGCGUGGCACAGAACUUCCAGGCACUCUGGGCGUACAUGAGCGUUCCCACUAGUGAUGUCUCCGAGGAAACCAAGGAGAUGCUCCGGAAAUUCUCCAGAGAUGCUUACUCAUUUGGUCUGGGGGUGGAGGUGGAUGAUGACAACCCAAGGGUCCCCAUCAUGUUGUGGAACACAUGUGCCUUCUCUCUCAUGGCAAUAGAACAACAGCUGAGGGAUGAUGGGAAGCCCCUGUUUGGUCAGCUGUCCAGUCGGCAUAGUGACUGUCUGCGCUCCCUGGUGCAAGUGGCGUCCACCUACACUCAGAUUGUCAGCCCAAAUCAGUCCAAUAUGCACUGCAUUCGGCUGCUGUCAUUUCUGUUCCCGGACUCAUUUAAGAACAAGGACAAUGAGCCCCCAAUGUGCAUCCUAGAUGUUGAGCUCUUCCACUACCUGGUUGCCAUAGUGAUGUCUUUGCCCAGUCUUCUUAGAGGUGACGCUGAACUCUUAAAGGUGUAUCAGGGUAUCGGCUCUGUGCCUCCCCCAGGGGGCAUCAACCAUCAAUAUGCCCUGCAGCUCGUCCUAGCGGUCCAUCUUAUACAGGUGCUGCUGACGUUUGACCAGGAGAACUGUGGUAUGGAGGUGGACGGGGACUAUGAAGGGGAGGCUCUACUUAUCCUCUAUGACCACAUACACACCAUAGCCAACGUUCCGCAGCAGAACACCCCAUUGCCGUGGCAACUGUCCCUGCAUGUGCGGCGUUCCAUGUUGCCAUUGCUGCGGUGUGUGGCCCUGCUUUUCCACUACUGGACGGGCAUACCAUCCCCUGCUGAACUAUCAGAUGUUGAAGGUGAAAUGAAGGAGUUUGAUGCGGUCUGCAAGUACCUGGGUGUCAAUGACCACAUGUCUCGUCUCCUGGACAACCAGGGCGAGAUCCUGGACAGUAUGGUCAACAGGUGGUGCAAGAACAGCCUGUUGAAGGAGCGUCUGUCAGCAGCCAGCCAGUCAGUGGUUCAGUACCCACUCCGAAUCAACAAGCUCAUAGAGCUGCCGUACGACUACAGUGAACUCAUCAACAAGGUCUCCACAUUCACGUGUCCCAAGUCUGAUGGUGAUGACAGUCGGGCCCCCACGAUGUGCCUGGUGUGUGGCCAGAUGCUGUGUUCACAGAGCUACUGCUGCCAGACAGAGUUUGAAGGGGUUACUGUAGGGGCAGCCACUGAACAUGCCUACAAGUGUGGGGCAGGGGCAGGCAUCUUUCUCAGAGUGCGGGAGUGCCAGAUCCUGCUGCUAGCUGGGCGUACCAAGGGCUGCUUUGUUCCACCACCAUAUAUAGAUGACUAUGGAGAGACAGACCAAGGUCUCAGGCGGGGUAACCCCCUUCAUUUGUGCAAGGACAGUUAUGCAUAUCUGCAGAAACUGUGGAUGUCCCACGCCAUUCCAGAGACAAUUGCACAUAGUCUAGAGUCCAAUGCAACACUCCUCACUAUAGACUGGCAACACCUAUAGACUGUGUUCUCAAUUGUGUGAUGGAUAGAUAGACUAGCAACACAUGUACAUUGUGUUCCCAAUUGUGGAAUGCUGAGACAGAAAUGCAACCCAUAUAGACCGUGUCAACAUUGUUGAAAGCAAAGAUAAACUGGUAACAUCUGUGGACCUUCCUCGCAUUAGUAAAAUGUGUAAAUGGACUUGUAAUUUGUUGGCAAAUUUCACUUAAAGGGGCCUUUUCACAGAUUUUGGCAUUUUUUAACUUAUUCAUUAAAUGCUUUAUAUUGAUAAAUGUAAACAUUGGAUCGUAAAAGCUCCAGUAAAAAAUCAAGAAUAAAAUUAAAAAAAGGAAAAGAACAUUGCCCGGAGCAGGUUUCGAACCAGUGACCCCUGGAGUCCUGCCAGAGUCCUGAAGUAAAAACGCUUUAACCUACUGAGCUAUUCCGCCGAGAACACGUACUAAACGUAUUUUAUACCUUAUAUAAGCAAUCUUCGUAGUUUCACAAAAUUUAACGACAAAAACAGAACUCUCCAAAUUAUUCAAUCGUUUCGCGUUGCAACGCUUUAUAAUUUUUAGGUUUUAAAAUCGUCAAAAGAUGCAUAUAAUGGCUAUAUUAGAGCAUGGUAAAUGUUCAGUAUUACUGUUUCCUCACAAAUAUCAUAACUAAAACGAAAAUUUGCGAAUCUGAAACAACUUUUUUCUAUUUUGUCAAUUUACCAAAGCGUGAAAAGAUCCCUUUAAUAAAGAAACAAUCACAAUGUUAAACAAAUUAUUGUUCAUCAGUUCUUGGAUGAAGUUAUAAAAUGAUUCCAUGUAUUUUCUUUGUUUUGUAAUUGGCAGAAUAAUCGCCUUGCAAUGGGAUAUUUGAAAUGAGCCUGGGAUUCUUUUAGACCCAUAUUACCUGUGAUUUUAUAUUGGGUAGUUAUUGUGGAGGCAACCAUUAGAAUGGAUCAAACAUGUUCUGCUAACAAACGUGCAGAAAAUUGGGAUGCAACCUCCACUUGAGUAUCUUUAAUCUCCGUACUUUAUAAGAGGCUUCGUCACUUAUUAACAGUUAGGGUUUAUCACAUUUUACUCCAUCCAAAUAUAUUGAAUACAUUGAAAUCAAUGAAGUUUGUUUUGUUGUUCUCUGAUAGAUCACUUCUGGAGUCACAAGACUGACUCCUCUGAUAGAUCACUUCUGGAGUCACAAGACUGACUCCUACUGCUAGUCAAUAACAUACAGUAUCUAGCUAUGUAUGUUAAUACUUAUGGCAUGUUGGUCAUAUUUUAUAAUUCAAACAUAUUGACACUGUGUGCAGUGCAGAAAGUAGCCUGGAAAAUAACGUAUUAUUCAGGUAUAUGGUGAGUGACUUGUAUACUUUGUAUGCUGCCCAUUCUGUUUACUCUGCAUGGCAUGCAUGUCUUGGACUUGUUUAACCAAGUACCAUUUGCUAGUCCUAAUAAUGUCAUAUGCUAAUAUUUGUUUAAAGGUGUCUCAAUGUUUUGAAAAGAGUCCCAAUUGCUGUAUCAAAUGUGAACACUUGUGUAUUUCUAUAAUUGUCUAGAAGAUAAGUGGAGCCUCUUUCUGGGAGAUCUGGGCUCAAAGCAUAUGGUGAGAGCGUCGUACCAGAUAAGCCUGUUUAUACCACCACCUAUUCAGGGACAACACUUUCUGCUCUAAUGGAAUUUUUUGUUUAAAGGAAGUCUUUUCUAAACAAAAAUCCAGUUUAAGCAAAAAGUGUUGUCCUUGAUUAGCCUCUGCGAACUGCACAGGCUAAUCUGGGACAACUUUUUACACACAUGCAUUAAGCCCAGUUUUCCAGUACAGGGCUCAAUUACUGCUUUGGUUUGUCAGGGAGCUAGUUAUAUUUUGUUGGAGUUGAAAGCUUGAUUUAAUGAUUAUUAUUUACUUUGGAAUUUUAGAAUUAUGUCUGAAAAAAGUGAAUAAAUUAAAUCUUCUUUGAAUGUGUCUUGUUCUUUUCAAUUGCAUUUGAUUCAUCUUUUAUUUAUUAAAGCACUUAUAAGAUUGGUACCUUGUUUUAUAUGGCUAUAUAGGGUCAAUAUUAUGUUGUGUUAGCUUUGUAAUGUUUUUACUGGCUUAAACUUCAUAGAAAAGUUUGGCUGCAUCACAUAUGUAUUUCCACAAGGUAUUGACAUGUACACUAGUAUGCCUGUAUUGUCAUUUCUUGAUUUUGCGUUCACACUGUAAGCACCUUUCUCCCAGCUGUCAUGGAUCAUAUGAGUCUCGUUCUGAGAAAACUGGGCUUAAUGCAUGAGCGUAAAGUUUCAUCCCAGAUUAGCCUGUGCAGUCUGCGCAGGCUAAUCAGGGAUGACACGUCUCUGCCUUAACUUGAUUUUUGGUAAGGAGGGACUUCCUUGAAACUAAAAAUACCAUAAAGCGGAAUUGCACAGGCUAAUCCGGGACAACACUUUACGCACAUGCAUUAAGCCCAGUUUUCUCAGAACGCGACUCAUAUGGUUGUGUCUCUUAUAAUUGAGGGUGAUGGCUAACUGAUAUUUGAUUGGUAGAUCACUCGUAGGAGCUGUAAGGCGCAAUAGUUGCUAAAAUCUGCGUUUUUUUUAUAUGCACCAUAUUGGUAUAGUUAACUCACUGGUUGACUUUGUGUAAAAAAGACAUUUCUUUGGGGUAUGUUAUGCUUCAAAUACAUUUUUAGCUCAAAAUGUAUGAAUUCUUAAUGAUUUUUUUGUGUUGUAUUUUAUCAUAAUGAAUGUGUAUGUUUUCUUUUUUUGCUCUUGGUUAAAAUUCCCAACUGCAAUUGUUAUGUAUUCUUGUUUGAUGCUCCUUCAUAAACAAUGGUAAAGAA